GGAAGCUGCGAGAAAAGGCGGGAAAAGCGUGAGGCGAGCGGCAGGAUGGGCAAACGGAAGAACGAGCAGCCGCCAGGAGAUGGUAAAUGCCACGUUCCCAAAACUAAACAAAGUCUUCGGGAAGAUUUGGAUGCAAAGGGAGAUGACAGCUUAGAUGUGACCAGACCAGCUCAGACCAACGAUGCUGACGGAAAACCGAAAUCUCAGGGACAGAGGACCCAUGACAGCACUACGACAAAUGCACCGACGAGCAGUGCGAAUGGCGACGGGGAGGUGGCUGCUCUGGAGCAAAGCCGGGCAGAGGAGCACAUCCCCAGCCCCUUACCGCAGGAAGGAAGAGACAUGGACAUCGGUGGAGGCGCCAAGUCACAGGAGGCAGCUGCCCUGGGAGCAGUGUCUCAGCCAGAGUCACCACAAUGGGCAAAUUCGGUGGCGGAUGAGAGAGAAGAGGAUCAGCUGGUGGUGACCACAGAGCAGCACAGAAGCACCGGUGAAGAGCUGGACGCCAAAACCCCAACUCACCACAGAACGGGCAAUCUCGGUGACAGUCCCGAGCAUGGCUCUGCUCUGCCAGCACGAGGAGAGGGGACUGCCGGCAGAGAGAUCACUCUCCCUGCGGAUGCUCCAGCCUGGAGCACUGGCAGCUGCCUGCCGGUGGAGGUGCCUGAGCCUCACCGUGAAGAGGGAGUUAACCACAGCGAGCCAGGCGAGUGCCGAGGUGAUGCCGAUCAAAGCUGGGAGCUGCCGCACGCAUCUGUUGUAAACACUGAAGAAAAUGAAUCCGGCACCGUAUCUGAGAGGGCGGCUGGAGGAGAGCACCAGGAAAACAUGAGUGGGGAAAACCUGCAGGCAACUGGUACAAACGACACGGUGAAGAAUGCGGCUGAAUCCUGCUGCAGCCUGGCUGCUGGUGGCGUCUCUGUGGAGGUUUUGGGGGUCUGUACCCUGUCCACGAACCCAAAGGCUGAGGGAGGCACCACCGAACCAGAGACCGCAGGCACUGCCAGCACCAUCAUUCCAGUGAGCCAGCCCCAGGGUGGGAACGCCUGCCAGUGGAAAAUGUUGGGAGAAGCUGAUGCAGGCCAGGAAGAGGCCAAAAGGGGAGAAACCUGCUCUCCCGGGACCAGCUCUGCACCGGAUCCGGCCAUCCCAGCUGGCAAGGAUCCCUCAGGCAAGAGGGAAGGCAAAGGUCUUGCAGAGGAGCGGGAUGCGGAGGCGAGAUGCAGCACGGAACAUGCGGUGAGCGUGCCGAGGACGGAUGCGCAGCCCCCCGCUCACUCCAGUGACCUCCCGUGCAGCGGAGAAACCACAGGGAGCACGCCCGCCAUUAUGGCAAUGCCAGGGCCGGCUCCCACGGGCACCGCACGACCCCCGGCCGCAAGCACCGGUUCCGAUGCUGGCACAGACCCCCAGGAUGGGACCUGUUCGACCGGGGAGCAGCUCUCCCUGCAGCCAGAGCUGCACUGUGGCCUGGAAGGGAACAGCCUCGAGCUCCCGCCGCAGCAGCCGCUCCCUGCCACCGACUGGCGUGACUCUGUGGUGCCCAGGCACGAGCUGUGUGCCACAGCGGGACGGAACCACACCAAAGAGAUGCCGCCGCUCACCAAGGGGAAUGGCCCGGACCAGCCGUGGCCCAGGGGUGAGGAGCCGGAGGGGCUGCGCCCACCCGCCCACAGCGAGGAUGCGACCGACGUCAUCUGCGGCCUGAUCCUGGAGCUCUCCAACCUCAACCGCCUGGCAAUGAGCGCCCACCGGGGCCUGGAGGCGCUGAGGAGGCCAAAGCCACGGCGGAGCAGGCGGCCGGGGCCGGGGCCGGUGCCCCCCCACACCAGGAGGAGGUGGAAGGAGACAUAG